CGUGAAUCGGACACCGGUAGAUGCGCCUCAUUUUAUCUCGACAGCCAUGAAUCCACGUUUAGUUUCCUUCUUUGUUUAGUUUUAUUAUUAACCCAUCAGUAUUGUUCAAUAAACCGAUCAAGGGUUAACGACAUAAAUUGCAUUAAAAGAGUUAUUGGAGAUUAAAAUGGCAAGUAUGCUUGCUGAUUUGGACGUUGAGAGUCUUGGUCCAGAGGUCCAUAAAGCGGACAAACCAGACUUUUCAGCAACAAGGAAACUGUACUCUCAUGUCAAGAAAAUGACAUUUGCGAAAUUUGUGGCAUCCAAGAAAGUUCCUUCAGCCUGUGAAAACAGCUCAGCAGCUCUUUGGCACUGCUGUGGACAGCCAUUCAACGAGUCAUCAUCUAUCAACAAACAUAUUGCCAACAGCCAUGCCAGUGAGAUUCACCAGCGGACCACUGAGACACUGGACGAGAUGCUUCACCAGACUCACAGCGAGGAAGAGUCCAGUAAUGAAGAAUCAACAGAUGUAUCAUCCUGGAUCCCUAAUACAAGCCAUAUCCCAGAGGAUGGCCUCAUCAGGGGUCCAGGUGAAGUUCUGCUGUAUUACUGCUACCAUCAGUUAAAUGAUCCUCAGAUCAUUUGUCAGUGGCAGAGAGAGCUUUGUUUAAAACUUAAACUAACAGGCAAGGUACGAGUGGCUACUGAAGGUAUCAAUGGAACUGUUGGUGGCACCAAAACAGCCACUAAUCUUUACAUCAAGGCAAUGCUGUCACAUCCAACCUUCAAAAUAAUGCAAGUACAGGAUUUCAAGAAAAGUGAAGGAGGUGCAGCGUGCUUUUCUGAUUUGAAGGUUGGUGUUUACAAAGAAAUUGUCCCUAUGGGUGUAGAUCCAGCUAUCAUUUCCUACAGGCUGGCUGGAAUACACUUGGAACCAAAGGAAUUUCACAAAAAAGUGAAGGCGUUUGUGGAAAAUCAGACCUCGGGCAAUGAUACAAUACUUCUGGACUGCAGAAACUUCUAUGAGAGCAAAAUUGGUCAGUUCAGUCAGUGUUUAGCCCCCAACAUCCGGAAAUUCAGCUACUUCCCAGACUACGUGGAUAAAAAUUUGGAUGUCUUCCGGGACAAAAAGGUUCUGAUGUACUGUACAGGAGGCAUCCGCUGUGAGCGAGGCUCGGCUUAUCUCAAAUCAAAAAAUGUAUGCAAGGAGGUGUACCAGCUGAAAGGAGGCAUUCACAAAUACUUAGAGCAGUUCCCUGAUGGCUUCUACCGCGGUAAACUCUUUGUGUUUGAUGAUCGUUAUGCAAUCGCAUUCAAUGAGGACGUCAUUUCAGAGUGCAGAUACUGUAGUUGCCCAUGGGAUCAAUAUCAGCUGUGCUCCACAGACUUCUGCUGCCAGCUGGUUCUGUCGUGCACCACCUGCAGAGAGCGUGGCCUGACAGCGUGUUGUCCUGUGUGCCAAGCCAAAGAGCAGAACCACAGCGACAUCUCCUCCGAUGGGCUUUCUCACCGAGAGGAAUGCGAAUGCACAAUGUCACGUCCCAGAAUCCCCAAAGAUACACUAUGACCAAAUCAUCUUAGAUGGCCUGCAACUUUGUGUGAUUUUAAGAAAGUCUCCAAAAUACCCUUUUUUUUAACUGUUGUACCCAUUCAGUCAUGAUUUUAAACACUGGGCAAAAUGCAAAUCGUCAAUAAAUUACAAAUCAUUCUCAUUCUUAAUUUUAUUUGACAUUUGAAAUCAUACAUGUAUGAAUGGGACACGUUAAUUCUUCCAACAUUAAUCAGGUCAUUAAACUCAAACUAUACACAGACAAAGGUGAUGUACAUAUACACACAUAAAGACAAAAACACAAGAUUUAAUUGCAUUUCCUCGAACAAAAGAUCAAAUUAAUAAAAACAA